GACUGCUGCUGCGUCCGUGGGUGGAUGUCCGUGUCCGUGGGCCGCGUUCCAUCAUUUAUUUCCACACCAAACUGACUGAUUACUCACCCGACUGCUGCUGCUGCUGCUGCUGAAGGCAUGUGGUGGAUAUUAUGGCUCAUAACAGACGCUCGUCUCUCAGGAGCAAAUGUAUGGCCAGCUCACGCCAUCCUGUAGCCACGCCCCCUCCACCCGAGCGCCAUGCAUCUGACACAUCACGCCUUUUGACUUCAUGAAGAUCCCUGACAUCGGUGAUGUGAUGAAUAAAUUUGAAGUCCUUGGGAUUGUGGGUGAAGGUGCAUAUGGUGUUGUCUUAAAGUGCCGACACAAGGACACCAAUGAAGUUGUUGCCAUUAAGAAAUUCAAGGACAGUGAAGAAAAUGAGGAGGUUAAAGAGACGACGCUGCGGGAGCUGAAGAUGCUCCGGACUCUGAAGCAGGAGAACAUCGUGGAGCUGAAGGAGGCCUUCCGCAGACGAGGGAAGCUCUAUCUCGUCUUUGAGUAUGUGGAGAAGAACAUGCUGGAGCUGCUGGAGGAGUUACCCAACGGCGUGCCGACGGACAAAGCUCGCAGCUACAUCUACCAGCUGAUCAAGGCCAUUCACUGGUGCCACAAACACGACAUCGUUCAUCGAGGUAACAUUGUUGUCUCUCUUUGUGUGACUCAUGCUACAUCCAAAGAGCUUUUUACCACUGCCCCAUCACUGCCCCAUCACUGCUCCAUCACUGCCCCAUCACUGCCCCAUCACUGCUCCAUCACUGCUCCAUCACUGCCCCACAUCACUGCUCCAUCACCCCCCAUCUGCCCCAUCACUGCUAUCCUAUCACUGCUCCAUCUGCCCAUCACUGCCCCAUCCUGCUCUAUCACUGCUCCAUCACUGCUCCAUCUGCUCCAUCACUGCCCCAUCACUGCUCUAUCACUGCCCCUGCCCCAUCACGCCCCAUCACCCCCUCACUGCCCCAUCACUGCCCCAUCACUGCUCCAUCACUGCACCAUCAACCUGAACCAAUUCAAUUAA